AAAAUGGCUAGAUCCAUACUUUAAAAUUUCCCAAUAAAUUACACGUUGAAGAAGUAAAUCGAAACAAGUCUUAUUUAGCUGCUGUGCUCCAAUUGAAAAUUGAAGAAUGGCAGUAGCAGCAGAGAACACUAGCAACCCAAACCCUGCUCUGGAACUGGAUUUGGACUUCCCAGAUAACCCCGGUUAUGAGUUUGCUCAGUUUGGAGCUGGGUGCUUCUGGGGAGUAGAGCUGGCGUUUCAGCGAGUGGAGGGCGUUAUCAAAACUGAAGUGGGCUACUCUCAGGGUCAUGUUCCGGAUCCCACUUACAAGCUUGUGUGCUCUGGCACCACUAACCACGUCGAGGUAGUCCGUAUACAGUUUGACCCCAAAGUCUGCCCCUAUACCAAUCUUCUCUCUGUUUUUUGGGCCCGCCACGAUCCGACCACCCUCAAUCGCCAGGGUAAAGAUGUAGGUGCACAAUAUCGAUCGGGGAUAUAUUACUACAAUGAGACACAGGCUGGUUUAGCACGGGAGUCUCUAGGAUCUAAACAGGAACAGUUGAAGGAUCAGAAGAUUGUGACAGAAAUUCUUCCAGCUAAGAGAUUUUACAGGGCAGAGGAGUACCAUCAGCAAUAUCUGGAAAAGGGAGGGCGUCACGGGUUGAAGCAAUCUGCUGAAAAGGGUUGCAACGACCCCAUCAGGUGCGGUUGACAGAGAUGAUAUGAUGUUCGAAAUAAGCUUUGAUAUGACGUUCGAAAUAAGGUUUUAGCAUUUUCUGGACUUCUCUGUUGCGUCUAUUAAGUUAAAAUUAUGGUACGCACUCUGAAGACAUUGAUCUUAGAAUCUCGCUUGUUAAUUAAUAAGAUAUGUUUGUGAAUCUUUCUCCUGGGAGUGGAUUUGGAACAUAGCCAAAUAUAUCUUCCUAGCUACUAUUAAUAGCAAAUAUUAUUCAGUAAUUUUCUAUUACCAUGAUCAACAAUACAUGCAAAUUUGAAUACAGAAAGAGAUAUUAG